AGCAAUAGCUGUCACUUAAUAAGUAACUUUACAUUGGCAGAGAACAUUAACAGUACAAGAAAAACAGAACUUAUAAAGCAACAUAAUGGUUAUUACUAAUAUUUGCCUCGGCAGAUAAAUUGCUGCUAAAGAUGGUCACACACAAGCAGUAGUUGGAUGGCAGCAAUUUUACCUGAAUCAACUUUAGAGAAAGUCUCAAAUAUAAAAGGGAAAGUUCUUCAGCUGAUUCAGAAAUCCUCUCUGACAAUUCGGUCGGCAAUGAGAAACUUAGAAGUCCUUACAGGAGCGAUCAAUGCAGUACCGUGGGCAAAGGUCCACAUAAGGGACCUCCAGCAGGAAAUUCUAAGGAGCUGGAAUGGAAAUAUCAAGAGUCUGAAUUCCAAGAUAAUAAUAUCACAUGUAACAAAAAAUUCCUUACGUUGGUGGCUACAGGACAUCAAUCUAACCAAGGGAAAAUCUUUCCAGAUAUUGAAACAAGUGACAGUGACCACAGAUGCAUCACAUUCAGGAUGGGGAGGACAUCUUCUUCAGAACAAAUGGGUUCAGGACAAGUGGAGAGGUCAAGGUAUUCUUCUGCCCUCCAAUAUGAAGGCUAUUCACCUUACCCUGUUGUUUUUUGCUCCAGUUUUAAAGAAUCAGUCAGUACUCAUCCAGUCAGACAAUUAUGUGGCAGUUCAUUAUGUCAACAGACAAGGGGGUACCAGAAGCAGGUCCCUGUUGAACGAAUGCAGGAGGUUGUUUGCUUGGGCCAGGAGCAAUCUUUUGGAUCUUCAGGCAGUCCAUAUAAAAGGAACACAGAAUUCGAGAGUGGAUUUAUUGAGUCAAGAGACUUUUCUUCCAGGAGAAUGGUCACUGAGUCUGGCAUGCUUUCAGAAACUCAUAGAGAGGUGGGGAUCUCCUGUUUGGGACAUUAUGGCAACCCAGGAGAAUCACAAACUGAGCAAGUUUUGAUCUCUUUAUCCGGCGGAUUGUCCAACAGUAGUGGAUGCCCUAUCAAUAUCUUGGACAGGCCUCUCCAUUUACAUCGUUCCUCCGUGUCAAUGAUUCAGAUAGUCCUAAAGAAGAUACAACAAGAGAAACCAUCUGCAAUAACGAUAACACCCUUUUGGCUCAGGUGGGUUUGGUUGCUCGUUCUGUUUGAGACAUAUUUUGGAAGCUUCCACUGGAAAUGGAUCUUCUGUCUCAGGGUGGGUUCACACCACGAUUUUGCUAUACGGUUUCAUAAAAAAAUCGUAUGCAACCGUACAGAAAACCAUGCCCAUAGACUUCCCAUUCAAAACCGUAUGCAACAUAAUGUAUACGGUUGUCUCCGUUUUUCAAACCAUACGGUUAUUUACUUUUUUUUUUUUUCGGACAGAAAACCAUGGCCUACCACGUUUUUUGGUCCGGGUGAAAAACCGUAUUAAACCGUAUACGUUUUUUUAAAACAUGGGAGUCAAUGGGAACCAUACAGAACCAUAUGUGCUUACGGUUACAUCCGGUUUUCACCAUUUUUUAAACGUUUUUUACUUUGCACAGGUUUUUUUUCUUGGAAUUUCAAUCAAAAAAAGUGAAACGUUAUUCAUAAUGGAGUAAAAAGUUAAAAACGUAUACGUUUUUUUUCUUAAAAAACGGUUGCAACCGGACAUCAUUUUUCAGACCGUAUACGGUUUUUAAACCGUAUACAGAUAA